AUGGUUAGUUCAUUCGUGCAUCAGAAGUGUUUCGGAACUGACACGGGUUUGAAACACAAUUACAUUGCUUGGCCAACGUAUGAGAGACAGCGUGACAUAUCUCAAAGUUUUGAAGAUAAAUACAACUUCCCAGGCAUUGUCGGAGCUUUGGAUGGGACACAUAUUCCAAUCGUGAAUUGUCCUGGUGGCCAAAACGACUAUAUUAAUAGAAAAGGUUUUGCAUCCAUUCAACUACAACUUGUUGUGGACGAUAAUUUGGUCAUAAAUGAUCCAUACACAUACCUAGGAUGGCCAGGUAGCACACACGACGCGAGGGUGUUGAGAAACUGUGAACUGUUCAGGAAAGCAGAGAAUGGAGAAAAGAUACUAAACAAUCAUUAUAUACUCGGAGAUGGAGCCUAUCCUCUUAAACCAUGGCUAAUGACACCAUUUAGAGACAAUGGUCAUCUUAGUCCUGCUCAAAGACGCUUUAACAAGGCUUUUCCAUCUGCCAGACAAUGUGUAGAACGAGCCAACGCACGUUAA